ACCUUUUGAAUUUUCAUUCGAAUCACAAUUCAGCAAUCAAAAAUAAUAUCGUUAAAAAUAUGACAAAUCGUGUUUUAGUAGCCAACAAUGGCCACAAAAAUGAAAAAGAUUUAAAUGAUUUGCAAAAAAUUUUAGAAAAUAGUCAGUUUCCAAAAAAUAUUAAAAAUAGAAUCAAAAAAGAAGUUAAUGAUAAUUUAAGUAGAAGUAAUAAUGUUAACAAUAAUCAACAAUGUUCUGGUAUAGUUGUGAUUCCUCAUCUGAAUGGUAUCACCGAACGUUUGAAAAGAGAUUUAAAAAAACAUCAAAUUAAAACAUUUACACAACACUCCAAAAGUAUUGGUUCUAUUUUAAAUAAAACCAAAUUAAUUGCACUCAAUAAGCUUGGUACAAAGAAGAAAGAUUCUACAGUUUUUGCUAAAAAUGCUAUUUAUGGUAUACCAGGCAAAUGUGGAUGCAUCUAUGUCGGAGAAACGGAAGAUUUUGAAAGACGCCACAAACAACAUAUGAGUAAUGUCAAAUAUCAUCGUGUUAAUGAGUCAGAAAUAGUUCAACAUUUGUUAGUUAGUAAUAGUAGUUGUAAUAUUCAAUUUGAGAAAAGUUUAAUUUUUGAUAGAGAAGAAAAUAAACAUCGUAGAAAAGUAUUAGAAGCAGUUUAUUCAAUAGCAAAUAAAUCAUAUAAUAAUAAACGGAUGAUAUGCAAUCAAUGGAAAGCUAGUAUCAGUAAAUGGAUAGGGGAAAAAUCAGUAUUGAACUUCAAUAUAUAUACUGAUAAUUAUAUGACAACAACAUUUUACCAUCAAUCACAACAAUUUUCUUUCACACAUUUAAAAUUAGUAAUCACUUCUAACUACGAAACAGUUGAUGGAAUUGCAUUUUUAUUUAAGUAUCUAUCAAAACUUCAAUAUUUAACAUUUGAAUGUACAGGAAAUACUGAAUUUCUCGAUGGUUAUUAUUGCCAACGAGUAUUAUCAACAUCCCUAAUUCAAUUGAAAACUUUUCACUUAUAUAUUGAACUUUAUUAUAAUUCAUAUCCAUUUGACUUGAAUUAUAUAAUAACAUGUUUUCAAAAUAAAUAUUAUCGUGAUCAUAAUUGGCAUUUCGAAUAUGUUUAUGAACAAGAAAAAGAGCAUUUUCGAUUUUAUUCAUUGCCGUAUUAUCAAAAUGAAAUUUCUAUUAUUGAUAAGAAAAUUUGUGAAACAAAAUCAACGAUGGAAUUAAGACAAUUAUCCACAUCGAAAACGGUAUAA